UACAAAUUUAUCGGCGACACUUCAACUGUUCAUUUAAAGUUUCACUCCAUAUCUAAAUUGCAUUAUUUCUGUAAAUUCACAAUAAUACCGUACUUAUUUCAAAACAGCAACACAAUCAAAAAUUCGAAAAUGGAAAAACGCGUUGUUGUCACGGAUAUUGUAAUCGUCACUGAAAAACAGACUGAAGUUCUAAGCAAAUAUAAAAUAAAAAAAUUCUGCGCUGAAAAAUUACAAAUUAAUAUAAUAAAAACUCCAAGUAACAGUGAAAAAAUUAAAGGAGAGAAUCAGGAUAAACCGUCAAAUCAUCGAACCAUAAAUAAUACAAAACUACAAUUGGUGAAAAAAAAAAUAAUGCCCGAUGUCGGCACUUUUUGUUUUGCCAAGGUACGGGGAUAUAGUGAGUGGCCCGCUAUUAUAACAUCCAUUAAAAACCCGAACCAUGUAUGGCUUAGGUUUUUCAAUUCAAAUGAAAUUGCUUGCUUGCCUUUGGAGAAAAUAUUUAGUUUAGAGGAAGGAUUGAAUUUCCUUGACAAAUACAAAAGCAGAAAAACUGGUUUCGUCAAGGCAGUGAAGGAGAUGGCAAUUGCCUUAAAAGAUAUCAAGCGACAACACAAAUCUAAAGUUGACGACGUUCUAAAAAUUUACAUCGCAUAUUAAUUAGUCGAUGACCAUGCCAAGAGAUUUAUCGAGAGAUUUAUUUGCCAAGAGGUUUGCCAACAGAUUUGGGAAUUUAUCAA